AUGGCGGCUUUUGCGACCAAACACUCUCUGUUGUUGUUAUCGUCUCUUCUGCUCUUGAUCGGCGUAACCACCGGAAGUUUCUACGACAACUUCGAUAUCACUUGGGGUAACGGUCGUGCCAACAUAUAUGAGAACGGACAGCUCUUGACUUGCACUCUAGACAAGAUCUCCGGUUCAGGUUUCCAGUCGAAGAAAGAGUAUCUUUUCGGAAAGAUCGAUAUGAAGAUGAAACUUGUCGCCGGAAACUCAGCCGGAACAGUCACUGCCUACUACCUUUCUUCCAAAGGCGAGACAUGGGAUGAGAUCGAUUUCGAGUUCUUGGGUAAUGUUACAGGACAGCCAUAUGUCCUCCAUACAAAUGUGUUCACCGGAGGUAUAGGUAACCGUGAAAUGCAGUUCUAUCUCUGGUUUGAUCCCACUGCCGACUUUCACACCUACACCGUUCAUUGGAACCCUCUCAACAUCAUCUUUCUAGUGGACGGAAUCCCAAUCAGGGUGUUCAAGAACAACGAGGUUCACGGUGUGGCUUACCCUAAGAGCCAGCCGAUGAAGAUCUACUCGAGUCUAUGGGAAGCUGAUGACUGGGCCACGCAGGGCGGUCGAGUCAAGACCGACUGGACCAACGCUCCAUUCAGCGCUUCCUACAGGAGCUUCAGCGAUUAUGAUUGCUGUAGUCGGAGCUCGAUAUGGAACUGGGUUACGUGCAAUGCGAAUAGCAACUCGUGGAUGUGGACUACGCUUAACUCGAAUCAGAAAGGACAGAUGAAGUGGGUACAAGAUGAUUACAUGAUCUAUAACUAUUGUACUGAUUACAAGAGGUUCCCUCAAGGCUUUCCCAAAGAAUGCUACCUUGACUGA